AUGGCUAGUGGACAAGGUUUAACAUUGAGUCCACCGUUUUUCAAUCUGAAAGAUGAAUUAAGUAAUAUUCUUCAGAACGAUCAUGAUAUUAAGAAAAAGUUAGCUGCAACGUUAACGACGUAUAUUGAAUAUGAAGAAGUUGAUUUAAAUGCUAACUUAAACAAAAUAGUUGAAUUAUUAGAAUCAGUUUUGCUUGAUCGACUUAAUGAACGUUUAAACCAUUUAGAAAAUCUGAUUGCUAAAAUUGAAGGGUGUUUAGACUACGGUGAAAAAGAAACGGCUCAUCGUAUGGUGCAAAAAAAUGAUUCGAGAAAACCACCUGUCCUUAUUGCUCGACUUUAUUCUCGAUCUCGCCGUUAUCAAUUUGUAUUGGAUAAGCAAAUAUUUAAAAAACUUCCAGUCAAUCAUCCAAUGAAAAAUGUAAUCUUAACAGAAGAUUUAUCCAAAAAUAAUGCAAAACCAUUUACAACUGCACGAGCUAAGUUAGAUAAAAAUGAAUGUUACAAGAUUUAUUCAUCAAAUGGUCGUAUCUUUUAUAGAAAGAAUGUUAAUGAUAUUAUUCAUUUAAGAACUUUACAAGAUAUUGAUCAGGUACUUAAAUCGUUUGGUUCAGUACAUUAA